GGUCUCAGGGAUGUAGUCUUCCCAAAAGUAUCCGUGGGAAUCUUUAACGAAAAUCUCCGAGGAGAGACUCCCCUAGUCAAUCAGCUUUCGUCGUAAGAGACCAAAGGACGAUGAUCGAAUGUUCGUGCUAUUGGAUAUAAGCGUCUCCCGUUGCGUUUCUUCUUCUCUCGUUGAUUACGCCCGUUUAAAUUCGUUUUGCGACUACGUCACGUUUUUACGUGAGACCUCGAAAGAGCAGCUUCUUUUGACUCACAAAUAAUCGAAAGAAACAUAUAUACUUAAGUGCAUAUGUAAUACGAGAAAGAAUGAUUUCAAAGCUAUUUAUUUCUCUUCUCGGACAAAAGUGUUAAUAGUGCGAUACGCCGAAAACGAAAUGCAUACGAAUGUGUCUGCCAUCAAUCCACUUUAAUCGAAUAAGCUCAAAACGGCACAAAAACUACAGAAAGAGAGAAAACGCAUAUCUCGUGCGACUUUAACUUUAUUGGGCGUUUAAAAAAGUAUACGAGUUUGAAUAUAAUUAAAAAAAAAAAAUAAUAAUGUUCUAUAGAUCGCAAAAUCGAUUUAUGCCUUUAAAAAUGUGUGUAUAAUUGUGUUGGAAAAAAAAGUGGUGGGUUGAGAGAAACGGAGUGGAGGAGAGUGAAGUGGCGGUACAAAAGAGGAGAGAAAGGAAAGAACCGGGGCACCUUGCGUCGUUAAUCGCGUCCCUGAGGUAACUUCUCCCACUCUGUCCGAGCGGCCCCACUACUAGACAUCCUCACCCCUCUCCUCCAUAUAGUCUACUGAGUCGCACUCGGCUCAGUCAGUCGCGCGACGCCGUCAGUGACGGUUGUGUUAUCCUGGUAGUUAGCGUGCUUCGCUGACUAAUCUGCACGCGCGCGCGUGUGUGUGUGAGAGUGUCACCGAGGCACGCCUGUAGCGUGCGUGCGUGCGUGUUCCUGUCUGCCUACCUAAUAACAUAUAUAUAUGUAUAUAUAUACAUCUAUAGAUCAUAUACAUACGUACGUGAGUCGUCUACCAACAGCGACAAAAAGCAACGACACAUUUCACGAAGCAGCCUGCAUAUAUACACACACGCGUAUAUCGCUUGUGUCCAUCCAUCCAAGUAUCCAUCCAUCCACAUACACUACUACUACUACUAUUACUACUACUACUACUACUAUUACUAUUACUACUACUACUACUACCGCUGCCGCAACUACUACUACUACUACACUAGGAAACGCGCGCACACCGCAGCGAUUGUGUAUAUAUCAUCGUCGCUUUCGUCGUCACAUCGUGCCUUCCGCUCUUGGCUGUUCGCACAAAACGAACGACGACAUCCAGUCAUGACGGCGACGCGGGAGUGUUACCCCAUACGGUUCCUCUUGGAGGAGUCGACCAAUCAACAGCGUACCAGAUACGAACGGUCUUGGAUAGAGAGCGAGAAAAGUAAGCGAGCAGACUAGCAAGCAAGCAAGCAAGAACGAAAGAACGAACGAGAGAAAGAAAAAGAGUGAGUAGGAGUUAGCGAGGUUAUCCUCGUUGAGUUCGAGCUUUGCAAAGAGGCAAGAAGCAAGCAAUAGAAGGAAAAGACACGAAGAAGCAGGAAGGUGUAAAGGUCGUGUUCAAGGCUUUGGAGGUGUCAGAGAAAGAGGAGGAGGAGGAGAAAAAAGAUAAAGAGAAGAGACAGAAUGAACGGCCCUGGGAGCCAUCAGCAUCGUGGCUUGGGUAUCACGGGACGUUACAGGGCCGUGGUUGGCAGUGGAGCCUCAUCGGGGCCACACACGAGGCCUACGGCGCCUCCACACCCUCGUGGGGGAUGGCAUCCCCACAACCAGCAUUCUCAGCAUACCCAACUUGGUCAGCAAUAUGCCGGAAACAAGGAAUAUCCGUAUCGACAGUGCCCGUCGCUACCGCGCUAUCAUAAUGGGGAUUGUCCAGGAGUUGGCACAUCGGCGGGUCCGGCCGGUAAGGAAGUUUCCUAUCACGCUGGCGUAGGUGGAAGCAGCGUUGGAUAUAAACCGCCUCCGCAGCACAGUCCACAGUCGAGAGGCCCACCACCUCAUUUCCCUCAGGAACCCGUCGGGCCAACGACCAAUUCUUCGCCGCUUCACAUCAGUAUUUGCGGACAAGAGAAUAUAAUGCGUGGUCCUCUUCCAAAUAUGAGUCCUGGGCUUGCAGCCAGCGAUGUGGACAUGGAAUACCGUAGAAAUUCACAAGCCACAAACCAGUUACCACUGAGUCCUGUACAGAUUCAAGCCUCGCCCGCUUAUUAUAGGCAACCUAGUCAGGAUGAUGGUAGAAAGAGCGAAUCUCCGUCUAGAAAACGUCGUCGGAUAUCUAGAAAUGGUACGGUUUCCGGAAUUGAAGUACGAGAAACUACACCACCCGCACCAACGCCACCUUUACACACGACCCCACCAACCUGGGAAUUUUCAUCGGCCUCACAGCGUCGAUCUCCACGUAACCAUAUGUCUACUCGUGGUAGUCCUACAAUGAGAAAUCGUUAUCAACGAUACACGGAUUCCUUUGGUCUUUCCUAUCCCUUUAUUCCUGGCCAUAAUCCCCAUCCCACAAUUCAUAAUUCCCAUCAUGGAAUUCAUGGUUCUCAUCACAAUAUCCAUAAUUCCCAUCAUAAUCUACAUAGUUCGCAUCACAAUAUUCACAAUGCGCAUCAAACGCAUCCUCGACAUCCAUCUGGCACAGGACAUCAUCCUGCGCAAGGCGCUAACGGACCAGUAGUAGUUGAUGUGGGUCAAGUCGGUGUCUCAGGUCUUGGUGUCGCUGUUAGCGGAGAACCAUUGUGGCAUCCACAAGCGACAAGUUAUAGAAUUCCUUGUCAGCUGCAUGGAAUUUAUACACCAACUGGAGCGCAUCCAUUUGCACAUUCGUGUCAAGUAACGCAUCAUCAUAAUCAUUAUCCUGCUACUCAUGCAACUCAUCCUGGUCAUAGUUUAGUAGGAUCCAUAGUUGGUGCAGCCUCUAGAGGGUAUCCAACACCUGCAGGUGGUCCAGUUGCUGCUCUUCAUCAUGCACAUGCACCACCUCCACCCGUCCAUACUACUCAUUAUACAGCCCACCACCAACUCUCUCAGCAGAGAGAGGUAGAAUUGGAAUUAAUAGAAUCCCAUCAUCAUCACAGAGUUGGAGCUACUGCCGGUGCACCGUUACCAUUGCCACAUUCGUAUUCUCCUCCAGCUCUUACUCAAGUUACAACACCGUCUCCGAUUUUCUUAUCUGAGACGCGAAAUAGUCAGUUAGAAAUGAUUCAGACAAGAACUCGUAGAGCAGCUUCGAACGUUCAUACUCUUAGGCGACCAAGAUCGAGUAGAUGGAGAGGCACGCCUCCGUUACCACCUACAACAUAUCCAGGAUUCUUGUUACAUUUCUUCCAUGCAGACUUGUCCUCGCCAGAUUCAGCUACGGAAAAUUACGAGGCUCUUCUAUCCUUGGCGGAAAGACUUGGAGAAGCUAAGCCACGUGGUUUAACGCGUGCCGAGGUUGAACAAUUACCUUCCUACAAAUUCAAUGCAGAAACGCAUCAAAGUGAUCAAACGAAUUGCGUUGUCUGUAUGUGCGAUUUCGAAGCUCUACAAUCGCUUCGUGUUUUGCCGUGUUCGCACGAGUUUCAUUCGAAAUGUAUUGACAAGUGGCUUAAAUCAAACAGAACGUGCCCGAUAUGUCGCGGUGACGCAGGAGAAUAUUUUGGUAACAGCGGCACAAGUAGCGACUGACGCCGAGCUGCUCAAGUGCAUUAGCGCCGAUCUUCGUCAUCGUCGCGGACGCUACUUCGCACAGAGCCUCCAGCCGUCAUGUUGUUGGUUUGUGCAAAUUUAUGUUCAUAAGCAUUUUUGCCUUUUCUCCGGUGAAAGUGAAGCGUCGAUUGUAUUUUAAACUCCUGGAAAUCCUUAGUGUCAUUCGGAAAAGGUAAAACCUCUAUUUCGAAAAAAAGGAAAGAAAGAAAAACGGAGAAAAGCGAAUGCAACAAGAGAUACAGAAAAUUAAUUCAUUUCAAAAUGUUGGACUCUUGUAAUAGAAGGGUACACAUCAUUUUUGCUUGUUUUCAGGCGUUGUAAGUUAACAAGUUAAAGAGCGUAAUUUAAUGAUACGUGUUGAAACCUUAAGAAAAAAAAAAAAAGGUUUUGCGAAAAAGUUAUAAAACUAUACAGUUUUGAUUGGCAGAAAAAUCUGUCGUUUGUUUAUUUUAUUCGGAUUCGCUUCGAUUAUGGUUUAACGCUCGUUUGUUAGUUGUGUUGCGCUAUUUUGUAUUAAUAUAUGUUUAUGUACAUAAUAUUUGUAUACAGACAAAUCAGCACUUUCCAUUAACGUUCCAUUUUUGUAAUAGCUUAAAUUCUGAUCCUAUUCUAUAAUUGUAAAUAAUUAUAUAAACGUCCGUAUACAUGCGUGCGUGCGUAUAAAAACCAAGUCUAGGUCUUUGUUUGAAAACUUACCAAAUGUAGGAUAAAUUCUUUUGCAAUAAAAGGUAAGAGAGACAUUUUUAUUGGGCAAAGAAGAAACCGUAACUUCCUAUUGUUAAUGUUUUCUUGUCUUUGUGUAGGCCGGGUGAUUAUUUUUAUUAUAUAAGGAAUGUAUGUAUCUCCACCCAUUGCGAUAUGAGUGCUAUAGAUUAAAAAGAAAAAAAAAAGAACUGUUGAAUUGUCGCACCGAUGUCACAUAAAAUAAUUUAUAAAAAAAAAAAAAA